UUGGAGAUCCGCUGAAGGACUAAACGGAGCUCGGAACUGUCCACAUUCAUUUAGGAAGAAACGCUUCCUCUACAAUCACCUUUCAGACCCGUAAAGAGACGCCAUUUGAGUUCUUUAAGCCCAGCAAUUCCCUGGUCAGACAUGAAGAGCCCUGCAGGCCUGGAACGCUGAGCAGCUGAGGUCGGCAUUAAAAACACUUGUCCUGACAGCCAUGGCUGAUAGAGAUGGGCUUCCUAUUGCUCCGGGUCAAGUCUACGUUGAGGUGGAAUAUGACUAUGAGUACAAGGCGAAAGACAAGAUGGUCACCAUCCGGCAGGGGGAGUGCUAUAUGCUACUGAAGAAAACCAACGAGGACUGGUGGCAGGUGAGGAAGGAUGAGGGCACAAAGGCUUUCUACGUGCCAGCCCAGUAUGUCAGAGAGGUGCGGCGAGCCCUGAUGCCCCCUCUGAAGCCCAACCUGAGGGCCAAGCCUACUGUUCUUGAUAUCUGCAUGGCAUCAAAUGAAAACCUUAACCGGCCACAGCCUGAAAUGUCCAGCUUUGGGCGUCCGUCGCCUUCCUCUACGCCAUCACCUUCCUCAGACCGUGUCACACCGCCGGCUCUGCCCAAGGAUGCUAACCAGAAUUUGGGAAGUCCCCAUCAUUGCAAGGUGGUGGCCGAACUGGUGCUUCUUCAUAACAACAACAAUUCAACUCUGCCACGGACCCGAGCUGACUCGCCGCCGCUCAAAGAGGAGAACAACCACAACAGAAGUCCAGACAGUGACAAGAGCUCCCCACAAUGUGACCUACCAGGAAAUGGCCUUAGCAAGCUCCGCAACGACUCUGAGUCGGGCGAUGAGCUCAGCAGCAGUUCAACAGAACACAUGCAGACUACAUCGCCUGCGGGUCAGGGCAGAUCGGACUCUCCUGUCUACACCAACCUCCAGGAGCUCAAGAUCUCUCAGUCCAGUCUGCCGCCCGUCCCCUCGGGCUCACCUCUUCACAUCCUCGGCGACUGGGAGACCCACAAAGACUUGAGUGGCAGACAUUUCUACUAUAACCGGACCACGGGGGAGCGCACGUGGAAACCGCCACGCACCCGGGACACCAGCGGCAGCACUAACAGCUUCCGAGGAGAAAGCCAAGGCAUGGCAGAGAGUGAGCUGCUCUCUUCUGAAGAAAACUGCCACAGCACCUAUUCCAGUCAGUCUGACAGCCAGUACGGGUCGCCCCCAAGAGGCUGGUCUGAGGAACUUGAUGAGCAUGGACACAUCCUUUACGUCUCGGAAUACACACAAGAGAAGUGGAUAAAGCACAUUGAUGAGCAAGGCCGACCUUAUUACUACAAUGCUGACGGAUCCAGGUCUGAAUGGGAAUUACCUAAGUACAACAUCUCCCCUCAGUCUGGUGAGGCCCCCAAGAGUCGGAGCCUGGAGAGGAAGCAGCCGGACCCCAUCAUCCUCACGAAGUGGAGACACAGCACAUAUGUCCUUGAUCUCAACGACAAGGAGUGUGCUCCGGCGCCCAAGCAGAGCUCUCCUGACUCUGACUCCUGCCCAUCAUCUCCUAAGCACCCCUCAACUCCAUCAGAGAAGUGUGGGGUCCUAAAUGUCACCAAAAUCACAGAGAAUGGGAAAAAAGUCAGGAAGAACUGGGCAUCUUCAUGGACGGUGUUACAGGGCUCCUCCCUCCUCUUUGCAAAAGGUCAAGGAGGAAGCACGAGCUGGAAGUUUGGCAGCAACCAAUCGAAGCCAGAGUUCACUGUUGACUUGCGCGGGGGUUCGGUGGAAUGGGCUUCCAAGGACAAGUCCAGCAAGAAGCACGUCAUUGAGUUGAAGACACGCCAGGGGACUGAUCUGUUGAUCCAGUCUGAAAUUGACAGUGUCAUCAACGACUGGUACCGGGCCCUGACUGAGACCAUUAACACACAUGCAUGGGAGUCGGAUGAGGCCAUUGAAGAGGAUAUGCCAGAAUCUCCAGGAGCUGAGAAACAGGACAAAGAGAAAGAUCAGCGAGACUCUAAGAAGAACAGAGUUGUGAUGAAGACGUCUGUCAGUAUGGACUCAUCAGACCAGAAAAAAACUCGCCUGAAGCUCAAGAAGUUCUUAACACGUCGACCUACCUACCAGGCGGUCAGAGACAAAGGCUACAUCAAAGAUCAAGUUUUUGGCUGCAGUCUAAGCAGCCUCUGCCAGCGGGAGAACACGUCUGUGCCCAAAUUUGUCAAAAUGUGUAUUGACCAUGUGGAGAACACGGGUCUCAGUAUCGAUGGCUUGUAUCGAGUAAGUGGGAACUUGGCAGUGAUACAGAAGCUACGCUUUGCUGUGAACCACGGUAGGACGAAAUCACUACUAUAUCUACACUCAAUGGUACACAAUACUACUAGAUAUGCUGACAUGUCUCACAAAUGUCUUCCGUAUGAUCGGUCUUUUAAUACGUCUUGUCCCAUUUCCUUCCCUGCAUCAGAUGAGAAGGUGGAGCUGGAUGACAGCAAGUGGGAGGACAUCCACGUCACGACAGGAGCACUCAAGAUGUUAUUCAGGGAACUUCCGGAACCUCUCUUCACUUACGGAUCCUUCAAUGACUUUGUGAAUGCAAUUAAAUGUUCUGACUACAAGCAGAGAGUAAACUCAAUCAAAGACCUGAUCAAGAAGUUGCCAAAACCUAACCACGACACAAUGCAAGUCCUCUUCAAACACCUGCGCAGGGUGAUAGACCACGGCGAAGCCAACCGCAUGACCACGCAGAGCGUGGCCAUUGUUUUCGGACCCACGCUCCUCCGGCCCGAGACGGAGACGGGCAACAUCGCGGUCCACAUGGUCUACCAGAACCAGAUAGUGGAGCUCAUAUUGCUCGAGUAUGAAAGCAUCUUUGGCAGGUAGACAGAAAGGGGCUCCACACUUUUUGCCCUUUUAAUUUUUUUGUUGCUGUUUUUGACUGAACUCAGUGUUGCUGUGGACCUGACAGCUGGAAAAUCCAACAACUCAUUGACAUGAACGUUUACACAAGCAUGACAAGGCAUUGCACUUACCAGUUGUGGAGGUGAAUAGAAUUUCAAGGGCAACAGCUCCCUCACCUUUCCGUUCCGCUGCGGUUCCUUUGCAGACGGACAACCUCUCUUAUGAUUUGGUGAAUUUGGAGUAUUCAGGUUUUUUGUUUUGUUUUUGGUGCCGCAGUCACUGAAUCCUGUAAAACCUCCUUGUGUAGGGGAGCGUUUAUGGAUGCUGCUCCGGUGGCGUUGAAAGGCAGACGCAAACCUCGUGAUGUUGCCUGAACUGUGUUGGUCUUCUGUGUCGUGGCGCUUCGUCUGUGACGCCGGUAAUGCCAUAAUCAGUGUUGUUGAUAGGCUGAUGUUUUUUUGUUGUUGUUGUUUCUGUUUUUUUGCACUUGGCUGAACUGGAGCAGUGUUUCACAUUGUGCCCCCAUUAAACCUCACCCUCACCCUUUAAGUGUUAACCCGAUGGAGGAAUCAAAAACAGUGUUUGUUCAUGGCAGUGAAUUAAAACCUGCACAGCAGCAUCUUUCGUCUUGCCACUUUGUACAGAAAUGUCGUGUCAGCGUGCUUCGGUGACGUCUGCGCGGUAUGUGCUCUUUUGAACUCAAAUGUGUGUCAGUUUGGUUUGUCCUGUGGCAGGAUGCAUUGCCGAGGUCCUGCGGUCGCUUUUAAAACCACAGUGAGUUGUGCGAUGUUGUGUUGUGUUCUGCGGUGAUAAGCCUCCGCUCAGCUAAUGUUGAAGUAUUCCGGGGGGCGGGGGGUGUUGGUUGGAUGCGUUACCAAGAGUGCUUCAUGGCCUGUAUGGAAGCCUUUUAAGAUAUUUCAGAGCUCAUUGACUCUGACGGAAGCUAGUUGUUACAAAGGGUUCUAGUGACUGACGUUUGUGUGUGUUUAGCUGAUUUUCCAGGUUGUACAUUUGAAUUAAAAGAUGGCAAAAUGCAGAUUGUGGAAAAAAAGAGGAAAAAAAAAAAAAAGAGACUGCUCCUGUUCCUGCAGUGUUUACCG